CGGCAGUGGGAAGGGCGCGCCGUGUACUACGAGCACGGCACGGGCCGCAACACGCGCGCGGCCGUGUCCUACGACGGCCCCAACGAGCGCCUCCGCAUCCUGGAGGAGAGGAAGGCGCUCAUCCCCUGCAAGAAAUUCUUUGAGUAUAUAUUGCUCUAUAAAGAUGCAGUGAUGUUUCAGAUUGAACAAGUUACAAAGCUSUGCUCAAAGAUUCCUCUGACUGAGCCGUGGGAUCCAUAUGAUAUCCCGGCCAAUUCGACUUACGAAGAUCAGUACUACAUCGGGGGACCUGGAGAUCAAAUUAUGGUACAGGAAUGGUCUGACAGAAAACCAGCCAGGAAAUUGGAAUCCUGGGUUGGUGUCUACACGGUCAAAGACUGUUACCCAGUGCAGGAGACCUACACGAGGAACUACAGCGUGACAACCUCCACUCGCUUCUUCGACCUGCAGCUGGGCAUUGCCGACCCCUCGGUGUUCACGCCGCCCAGCACCUGCCAGACAGCCCUGCUCCACAAGCUGGAAGAUGGGUGCUGAUCCCGGGCCCUGGCUGCCCCCGCAGAUAAAUAAUAGCCGGGAGGAUAAUUGCUAAUAGUCAUCUGCUGACGUCUAACCUGAUUUUUCAAGCUGAUUGCUGCGCUUUUGGGAAUUGUAAGUUUUCCCUUGGAGGAGAACAUCAAUAUUUAACUGAGUGAGAURUGUAACAGAAGGUCUUUUUCACCACAUUAGUUUGUUCAGUGAUGCACUUGCAGUAUUAUAUUGUUACUGUGAAGGUAGUAUUUAUAGAUACUGUUUGUAUUUGCUCUGGGUGAUUUUCUUUUUGUAAAGAUUUCAUUAUUUAUUUUUUCAAGAAUAUAAAAUACAAGCAGCCUGUUACAGUGGUAAUACGAUGAAGAAAAAGCUAGAUCUUGCCGUUGUCAUUAYGUCUGGACAGAUAAGGAGAAGGGAAAUAUGUCCUGGGUAAGACCUAAUCCCCACUCAGAAAAUAACCUGUUUUAAAGAAUUCCAUCAAAAGCAUGGAAAUUCUUUCUCGUGUGUGUCAUUUUUUGCUUGUUUGUUUUUGUUUUAUUUUGUUUUUGCUAAAUGCUAUUCAGAAAGCUGAUUGGUUUUUUCUUUUGCUAAGAAAUGGGAGUAACUGUGUUUAUAUAACACUAUCUCCCAUGCAAAAAUACAAUUUUUAAGAUUUUUUUCUGAGGAGAGCAUUGUGAAAGGAAGUAAAGGAGGGAGGAAGACACCUCAAUAAAUUACACCAAAGUUUUCUUGUAUUUGUUAUAUCUUCAGUAAAGUAUUCCAAAUAGGUUGAUGAGGCAUUUUUUKAUUUUAUUUUACUUUAGUAUUCACAUUUCAAGGCAAUACUUUAUUUAACCUAUGCAAAGACAUUCUGAGGUACUGCACUCUAAGUUGCUUUAAUACUUUUAUUUACAAAGUGUAUGAAACACUUUUACAAUCCUAGGUUGAGGUGAAAAUCACCUGUUCCUAUUACCUCGUUGAUAAAGGCUGUAUCAGCACUCAGACAGUGCCUUGCAAUGCAGGUGGGGUGAAAGAUACCUGUGAGGGGCAGGAGUGAGGUGGGAGGUGGAAAGGAGGGAAGAAAAGUGCUUUGGGUGCCUUCUGUAUGACUGCAGGGCACUGCAAUCUAAGCAGAGAAGACAAUCAUGAUUUCCUUUGCCCCCACUACAUUGAUGCUAUGUUUGCUGUUUAGUCACUGUGUCAAACACUGUUUUUUUCCCAUCUCCUUCUUUUCUGGUGGACAGAAUGAAUGUUUCCUUGAACCGAGCAAAUAUAUAUAUAUAAAUAAAAAUAAAGUGCAAGAAAUACACAUCUUUGCUUUAGAAAAUCCAAAUCUGCACACACAUCUUCAGGCCCUUGAGAGUCUAGAAUGAAACAGAUGUUACACUUUGACCAA